GUGGUAUGUCUCUUUCUACUUAAUAUGAAGACGUCACAGUUUAAUGCGUCAGGCCAGCCUAGACCUGGCCGAGAGGGCCCAGUGCACCAUCUCACCAACAGUGGAGGGACGCAUCUUCCAUCUGACCCAAGAAGAGCGCCACCACUUGACGGAUCGCCAAUCGCAGUUCAUACUUGAUUACAAGGAGGAACUCGAGAUACAGCUGACGGACAAUAACAACACUCCAUUGCAUUACGCUGCCAAGUCCUACCCACACACCCUGACCACGCCCAUCCCUGAGGUGGUGGUAUCCAGCGACAUGUUCUCUGGUAGUCACGGCAAUGAAGAUGACGAUGAUGACAUAGCCUCCCCCUCCUCCUCCUUUGUUGCUAUCUACGAUGACGAUGAGAUGAGAUGCAUGUGGACAGCUGUACAGCAAGACGAUGUGACGGAGGUGCAAAGACUACACCAGGAGCAGUAUGUCAAUCUGAGUUUCAUGUAUGAACAGACCUCGGCCCUUCACGUUGCUGCUGAGCAUGAUGCAUUGAGAGUGGCAGAGUAUCUGCUGCAAGAAGCAAAGAUGGACCCAGACGUCAGAGAUGCAAAGUGCAAGAACACCCCCUUGAUGGUGGCUGCCAUAAAAGGCAACCUUGAGAUGGCAGAGCUUUUAAUUCAUAAUUCAGCAUCUCUAGAUACUGUCAAUCAGGAGGGGAAAUGUCCCAAAGAGUGCUUGCCAGAGAGCUGUUCAAGUCAGUUGAUGAGCCUUCUAACUGUCCAGGGUAAUGUUGAAGACAACCAGACAACUAGGAAGAAUGGAGCUAUGCUAUAAGUACAUGUUUCUUAUUAAUAUUCUUGUCAUGUUGAGACUCUCCAGGGUAGCCAAACACAAUUUAAUAUCCAGAAAGCAUGAAGCUGUACAGCAAGUCAAGUAUCCCUGAAGAGGUCCAAGUCAGUUGAUGCACAUUCUAUCUGUCCAGGGUAAUGUAAAAGACAACCAGAUAACUAAAAAAAUAUUGAGUUUCUGUUGUUUCCUUAGCCAUGUCUAAAUCAGGUGAGGAGCCUCUACAGGGUAGACAAAUUCAAUCAAACAAUAACAAUGGCUGGAGCUUUUCUACAAAUGAGGGUUCCUUGAAGGAUGUCUAGUCCAGGGUAAAAGACAUCCAAACUACUCAUAAGAAAGAAGCUUAAAUCUUCCAUCAUCAGUUGAUCGAUUUCUCUUGCGUAACAAGGAAGCAUCAAAUCCUGCUUUUGGUUGACGUUUCUUUGUAGAACCUUCUACUUAAUAUGUCUGAGGAACAACACUUUCAAAGUUGAGCCUUGAUUUCCUUCCUUUUGUUCAUUUUACGGUGUUACAGGGAAAAGGGUGACUAGCUGAAUUGAAUGAGUUAUUAUAGCUUCUUUGAACACUGCGCUAUUCAAGCUGUGCUAAGGUCUUGAAAUACAUUCAAGACAAUUGAAAGCCUUUCUUAAAUUCUACAGACCGAAUCCAAGUUACUUAAUGUGCCUUCAGAGUCAACUGGGUAAUAUUCUUGUAAAAACAAAUACACUUUAGUUUUGUUGAAAAAAAAAAAAUAAUGCAGGAUAAAACUCAACCAGGGUAAGAUCUUUUCCUCACUUUUUUAAAUCAAUAUUUUUGCUGCCUUGUAAGUUGAAGGUUUCAAAGGCAUUUUGACACACCGUGUUGCCUUUCAUAGCGGACCAAAGUAUACCUUCUGUUAUUUUUAGUCUUAGUCAUAGUUCACUUUAAGAAGUGUUUAUUUGUAAAUAAACAAGCAAAUAAAAUUGCAGUCCGUUGCUUACUCCGUGACCAAACAUUAAAUAAUUAUUUAAAAAUGUACAUUUGAUUGUUAUUGUAA